GUCGUCGUUCUUAAAAGAGCUCGUGCUCCCGCCUCGCCAGCCCUGUCAGCAUCCCUUCGGCGCCGCAGGCAGUGCGCAACUCCGACGCGGAAGCUCUGAGGGAAGAGGCGGCAGGGAUUUGGGAAGAGCGUCCAAUCUAAGCGGCGUUCGCGCCUGUCUCCGCAGGGCAAGGGGAGGUUUGACUGCAAAAGUUAAAGCAAAUGGCCAUGGCAAUUCCUGAAGGGAAAGGCCCUUACUCUGUAGGAUGUACAGACCUCAUGUCUGGUAAUGAUAUUCAGGGGACUUUUUUGCGUCUGUAUUAUCCUUCCCAAAAUGAUAUGAAUUAUGAAAAGACAAAAUGGAUUCCCAAUAAAGAAUAUUAUUCUGGACUCUCUCGUUUUCUUAACAUGUAUUGGAUAGUAGGGGAGUUAAUUCUAGCAGAUUAUUUUGGCUCAGUUACAUCUCCUGCAAAGUGGAAUGCUGAAUUCAAGACUGGAGAAAAAUAUCCCCUAAUUAUUUUUUCCCAUGGACUUGGAGCAUUUAGGACGCUGUAUUCUGCAAUUUGCAUUGAAAUGGCAUCUCGGGGGUUUAUUGUUGCUUCUGUGGAGCAUAGAGACCAGUCCUCUUCAGCUACAUAUUACUAUAAAAAAAACCCCGCCAAAGGAAGCAAAAGCAAACCCCCAGCAUUGGACAAAGAAUGGAUGUACUAUAGGGAAUUAAAAUCAGAUGAAAAUGAACAGUUGUUGAGGCGGCAACAGGUACAGCAAAGGGCAGAUGAAUGCAUUAGAGCUCUUAAACUUUUGGUUAAAAUUAAUUCUGGAAUUCCCGCUAAGAACAUUUUGCCUUUAAAUUUCAACUGGAACCUUUUAAAGAAUUCUAUUGACUUACAGAAGAUAGCAGCAAUGGGGCAUUCUUUUGGUGCUGCCACAGUCAUAGAAACACUUAGCAAAGAUCCACGAUUCAAAUGUGGUGUUGCUCUUGAUGCAUGGAUGCUUCCCCUAUCUGAUGAAGUAUAUCCCAAAGUGCGCCAGCCAUUGCUCUUUAUUAAUUCAGAAAAAUACCAGUGGGCUUCAAAUAUCCUAGAGAUGAAGAAACUUAACUACCAAGGCAGAGAAAGAAAAAUGAUAACUAUUAUGGGAUCAGUACAUCAGAGUUUUACCGACUUUACAUUCCUUACCGGAAACGAACUUGGGAAGAUUUUUAAUGUGAAAGGAGAUAUAGAUCCACAAAUAGCUAUUGAUAUUAGCAACAAAGCUUCACUGGCCUUCUUACAGAAACAUUUGGGUCUCUCUAGAGAUUUUAACCAAUGGGACUUUCUUUUAAAUGGCAAAGGAUCUAAUGUCAUUCCAGAUACCAAUGUUGACUUAACUCCAGGAGCAUCUCAGUGAAAAUAAACAUUAAUUGUCCUUAAACAUUCCUGACUAAAUGUUGCUUGUUUCAUGAUAGCUUCAUUAGAACGAGUGUGUUUUAGAACAUUUAAACAAAGAUGUUACAGGUGAUUCUCAUUUAAGAACACUCAUUCAGUGACCAUUCAAACUUACAACCCUG